AUGUAUGACCAUGAAGUUCAACAAAUUAUUGUGGAUUUGGAACUGCAUACAAACAGAAUUAAUGAAUUACAACGUCUCCUCGCAGAUGAAAUGAGAUUGUACUCAACGAAAAUGAAUGAAUUUCAGCAAAAAAUAACAACUAUGCAUAAUAUUAAACCAGAUGAACAUGAUCAACAGAAGAAACAAAAUACGGAAGAGUCGAAAGAAGACAAACCUGAGGCGAACGUUGUUGUUAUUUACAAGAAGAGAAGUCCAUCAGUUCAUUCCGUUGAAGAUUUUCCUCCCAAUUUUCUUCCCCAUCAACAGAAAAAACAAAAUACGGAAGACUCAGACUCAGACAAGCUUGAAGUGAAGGAAAGUGAUGUUAUUCACAAGAAGAGAAGUUCAUCAGUUCAUUCCGUUGAAGAUUAUAAUUCCAAUAAGUCAACUGAAAUUUCAAAAUCAGCGUCAAAUCAAAUAAGUUGGAAACAAGUGGAAAUGAAAAGUGAUGAAAUUUUAACUGAGGUACAUGACGAUGAACAACUAUUUUUCAAUGGUUCACUAUUAACUCUAGAACAUCAAUUUUUGUUGAAUAAAUUUUGCGGUAAACCGAAACAAAAGUGGCAAUUGAUAUACAAGGCAACUCGUGAUGAUUUUUCAUCAGCAUCAUUUCAUCGUCUGUGUGAUAGUCAAUGUCCGACAAUAACGGUGAUUCAAGCAACCAAUGGAUCUUUAUUUGGUGGUUAUGCGAACGUACCAUGGUCAUCAACUGAUCAAUAUGUUAAAGAUUCAUCGGCAUUUUUAUUUACACUAACAAAUCCUCAUCACAUUUCACCAACAAAAUAUUACAAUUAUCAAUUUCCACAGUUUGCUGUUAGACAUCACAUUGAAUUUGGACCAACAUUCGGUGGAGGCAGUGACAUUAAAAUUGAAAGUGACAGUAAUAAAAAUGAUAAUAGUUAUAUCAAUUUUCCACACUCGUACACAGACACAACUCGAAAAGGUCGAGUGACAUUUACAGGAAGCAAAAAUUUUACAACGAAUGACAUUGAAGUCUAUGUUCAACUGACAUAA